AUGACUAUAUUAGUUAUUAAUACUAACAGUGAUGGCAGCAGAUCAGUUGCUGGUAAUCACACUGCUUUUCCAGUUAAUAAAAUCUCAGAAGGUUUUACAAUUUUGCUGGCCACUGUGAUGAUCUUCACGACCACCAUGGACAUCUUUGGGAACAUACUAGUGAUGCUCUCUGUGUUACAAAACAAAAAACUCAGGAAUGCUGGUAAUAUGCUCGUUAUCAGUCUGUCUGCAGCUGAUGUCCUUGGUGCAGUCUAUCCAUAUCCUUUGAUUACCAGAUCUGUUUUGCAAAGCCAGUGGCAAUUUGGAGAACUACAAUGCCAGAUUUCAGCUUUCGUCCAUGGUUUGAGUUUCAAUGCCUCUGUUUACAACAUUAUGGCAAUAGCAAUCAAUCGCUGGUGCUGCAUUUGUCAUGGGAUGGAAUAUGACAAGAUAUUCACCAUGAAGAAGACCUAUUGCUAUAUAUUCUUGACAUGGAUAAUUAGCUUUAGUUUAGCUUUACCACUCCCCUUAAUGGGAGCUUUACAAUACAACCCACAUAUAUACAUGUGCACAUUCCUAUUCACUGUAAGUGAAUCAUUAACUAUUGGUGUUUCAAUCUUUCAUUUUAUUUUGCCAGUAAGUAUUGUAAUCUUAUGCUAUGCAAGCAUCUGGAUUACAGUCUUACAGGUUAAGUACAGACUUAAAAAAGACAGCAAGCAAAUUCUACAUCCCUCAGAUAUGAGAAACUUUCUGACAAUGUUUGCAGUAUUUGCACUUUUUGCCAUUUGCUGGGCACCAUUCAGUAUUCCUGCCUUGAUUGUAGGUUUCAGCCCUCCAGGAAAGGCACCAUAUUUUCCAUCCUGGUUGUUUGUUCUUGGCUUUUUUAGUGCAUGCUUCAAUAGCUGCCUUAAUGGAAUUGUUUAUGGACUAUUUAAUAAGAAUUUCCGGCAGGAGUACAAACGUGUCCUAUGGUCACUGUUAAUGUUUAUAACAAGAGUCAUACAGUGA